AGUUGGUGUUAUAACCAAUAUUAAAGUUGGUAUUAUAACUUAUUUAGAGUUAGUUUUAUAACUAUUAAAGUUGGUAUUAUAACGGUUAAAAUCGCUAUUUGGAUAUUUGGAGGGGAAACACAAACACCCCAACAUUUCCCUCCCAUUCUCACUGUCUACUUCUAGUAUUGCAGGCUGUGCUUGGAAACAAUGUCGAGAAGACGAUUUCGUACAGUCUACACUUCUUCCUCUGACGAUGAAGACGUUCUACAACAACCCCAAUUUGAAAACCCUAACCACUCUCAAUCUCUGCAACAGCAACAGGAAUUUCAUGAGCAAGAUGACGUUUUUGAUGAAGCAAUAGAUCAAGAAUUUAUCGAACAACAACAACAAUCAGCUACAAACCCUAAUCCUAAUUAUAACCCUAACAUCGAUUCUUUAACCCUAAAUUCAAUCCAUUCUACUCUCACAAUCAAUACUGCCCCCAUUGUUUCUGAACCUCCUUCAGUCGAAAUUUCCGACGAGGAAUUUAUUGAUGUCUCUGAAGAUCUCUCCCCUCCUUUUGUUUCUCCUCGUAGAGUAGUUAACGCCUCUUCGGGCUGUCCGGUUAAUGAUCAUUUGAGGAGAUUGGGGCUGAAUUUAAGGAGAGAGUGGCUUGAUUCGUGUAUAAUAGGGCUUCAGAAUGCACACCAUGGUUUUUCUAAUUUCAAUGUCGAAAUGAAGGCUAAACUUUGUUUUGGGCAGUUUUUGUACUCGGAUAUGCGUUAUAGUGGUGCUGCUUCUCUUCCUGAAAAUGUGCAUCAAUUGCACAAUGUUGAUCUUCCUGGCCCCUUUGUUCUGCAGGUUGAUGAAGUAAUUAACAUUAGUUGUUCGCUGAGAGAGAGGUACAAGAAUGCACCUCCGGGGCUUAAAAGAUGCCUCAAGCUAUCCAUGACCGAUGGCGUCCAACAUGUAUUUGGGAUGGAGUAUAGGCCUAUCAAAAGUCUUGAAGUCCUUGUGCCCGCUGGGUUUAAGGUUGUCAUUCAGAAUGUACAUGUACGACGUGGGCUUCUAAUGUUGGUUCCUGAAGUAUUGGAAAUCCUUGGUGGUUGUGUUGAUGAGCUUGAAGAUGCUAGACAAAGGCUUGUUCAAGAAGUUAAUAAGCCACCAAGAGGAAGGAGAACAAGGAAUGGUAAUGUCCCCCCCUUAUCAGCUAGAGCUACUCUUGCUGCUUGGACACAAGGUGGUGUUAGUGAUGAAGCUAUGCCAUCAAAUGAUGCUAAUCAUGUUCUAAGGAACACUUUAGAUUCUAUGCCACAUGCUACAGCUCAGUUUCGUCAACCCUCGGGUGCUGAGCCAAUGACUAGGAUAAGGCAAUCCUCUCAAGCUGGAGGGUUAAUUACUGAGUUUCCUCUUUCAGAAAGAGUUGAUCUACAUUCUUCAAAUUUGCAGUCUUCUCAAAAUUAUAUUACUAGUGAAACUGCUCAACAUCAUAGCCAUGUAGAGACAUGUGUGCUUCCUAGAAGUAGGGAAGUUAAUGAGUCAUAUCAUGCUGGAGCAACUGCUGAGCAUUUAAGUCGUGUGACUGCUCAGAGAUCUAUCAUUGUAGAUGCUCAUGAGUUUCGUACUGUUACAGAAGCUUCUCAGCAAUACCCUGUUAGUGAACAUGCUGAGCUCAGUUUGCACUCUACUACUUUCAUUGAAAAUGAUGCUCCGAUGCUUGAUUCUGUGGAGCACCCAUUCAUAUUAAGCAAAGAGAGAGAGUUGCCUUUCACUUAUUUGGUAAGUCUUGCAGCAAAAUGGGAUGCAGUACAGGAUAAAGAGCUUAUGGUCCAAGGAAAGAUCAAGUGCUUUUUGACUGGUGUAAAGACAUUCCGGUUCAAGGGACAAUCAAUGUUUGAGCUAGAAGUUUAUGUUGAUGAUGGGAGCCUCAUAUCUGAAAUCCUUAUCCACCAUAAUGUCGUGAAAAAGGCUAUAGGCUAUUCACCUGAAGAGGUGACUGCUGCUCUUUCCUCCAAAACUAAAGCAGCUGAGGACAUGAUGAACACACUAAAAAAGUUUCAGUCUUUCUUGGUGAAUUUCGAGGGUAUGAUGCUCCUGGAGAUGAACAAGACUUCUACGAUUCCGGUUGCCCUUGAGAUGAAUCAAGGUUGUGAAACUUCAGAUGCAUGGUUACUUUUAAGAAGGCUGAAGCCAACCUCUACAAGCUCAUUCUUUCAAAGUGGCCAGUCAGAUGUCAUUCAAUUGUCUCCUUGAGCCAUUGAAAUUCGGAUUGAGCCCUUGUAUGAGCAAGAUUUUUGUUGGAAAAUUGAUAGGCUCCUGUUGAAGCUGGUCUCUGGUUAAGAUUGGGAAGCUUUGAGUCUCCAUGAAAUUACGUUGGCAUUUUAUAAAGAGACUCAUUAUGCAAACCAUCUCAUUUAUCUGAAGGCAGAGGUUGGCCCUACAAUUUUCUAUUCUACAUUCAUCACGUUGAAGCAUGUCGCAACGGUAGUUAUAAUGAAUUUUGUUAGAUCAAAGGGAUGUUUCUCCAAAGGUAAGUUAUUAAGAUGGUCAUGUCUCAGCCUCUUCUUCUGCUACAAUUAUAAAGCUCUUCGGUUCUCAAGACAGCACAUUCACAACCUAUGAGAUCUGAAGCUUCUCGAAGUCAUGAAAGGUACGUUUUAAAACUCAUAUUCUGACAUUGAAGAUUUAUCUCUUUAUACCGAGUCUGCUGCUAUAGUGUUAUAUCUCAACAAGAAAAGCUUGAUCUUAAAUCAUUAGCGGCAAUAUCUGUGCCUCUAACCUUCCCCAAUAUAUCAUUUGUACAGACUUCUUCUAAAUACUACCAAGCACUCAGAUUGUAAUCAUUGUAUGCCACACGUGAACGUUUUUGAAACUAAUUGCUCAUUUGUCAAUAAACAUCUUUUUGUUUUUGAAUGAAUGAUGUUCUAGUUGCACACUCUAAAUAUACAAUUUAAUUCCAUUUUGUCCCAAAUAUGCUUGUCCCCAUCACUUUUUGUUAGAUAGUUUGUUUAAUAUUUCAUUUAAGUCUCACCAUAAAUAAAGUUCAUUUAAGUUCUAUUAGACUUGUGCAAUGUGUUGUUUACUUGUUUGGGUGAGGGUGUUUUGGGUUGAUUAACUCAGUACCAAAAUUAAGUUGGAUUUUAAAAUUUUGAAGUCAGAUCUUGUAGAUUACUGUUUUGACUAGUAUUAGUUGGUUGCCUGGUUGGUAUGGCUUAAACUCUCUAUCGCUGUAUCUCGAUACAUACUCUAAAGUACAUUUUAAAUUCAGCUUUUCGCAUACGUGCGAAACACCAUAAAAAAUUCUUUGAUCUUUCUAGCAGGUGAAAUGAUCAAGUUUAUUUUGAGCUGUUGAAAUUCUGGCUUCUGUUCAAUAAGAUUGGGAUCAUCUUUGAUACAUCUUGUCAAUAGGUCUAGUUAGCAUCUCCCAUUCUUGAUCCAAUACCAUUUUUGCCUUCUUUUGAAAGGAACUUUCCUUUGGUCGAUUCUGAUUCGAUUAGCCCAGGUGCCACCAUUGUGAUCUCAUUGUCUCUUCACCUUGAAUCUCUCUCGAAGAUCACCAGUGCUACUUUACUUGCCUGUAACAGCCAUAAAUGACAAUUGAGAUGAAGAAACGGCCAGACGCAAAAUAUCGAAGAGAAUAUGAAGCGAGAUGGAAUGUUCAUACAGUAGAAAGCUAGUCAUGGUGAUGGAAUGUUCAUACAGUAGAAAGCUAGUCAUGGUGAUGGAAUGUUCAUACAGUAGAAAGCUAGUCAUGGUAUCCGUAAGGACCGUAACCAUGCCCCAGAAGAAGCAAUGCUUUCUCUGAGAUGUGGGAUUGCAAAGUGUAUGCUAUAGCUGUAGACAUAUAUAUGAUGCAAAUUUACAUAUAUAUGUAUUUUCUCUCACAUUUCUAUUACUAAUUAACAUAUAUAUGAUGUAUUUCCUCUCUUAAUGUUUCCAUUAUAUUCUUUCACAUUAGGACAACUGAGUACUCUCUGUCCAACUGUAAAUGGUAUAUAUGUUCUGAAAAGCUCACAUGGAAA